UAAGUAUUUACCAUCGUGUCGUUAUAGGAAAAUUAAAAAUUGUGUCAUCUCGGGCAAAGAUUACUGCUGAAAAAACUAAGUAAAACGCAAGAACAUCGCAAAUGAAUCAUGGUUUGCCUGUAGAUUAUUACAUUCUUUCGAAAUAAAAAGUUAAACACAAAAAUUAAGCUUGAACGCGCAAGCUCUUAUAUAUCCAAUUCCAUCUAUCUACUUGUGUGUAUAUGUAUAAAGGCAUUAAUAUAAAAUUAAGAAAGGAAGUUUAGCAUAAGCAAUUAUAGAUGUAAUAUAUGUAUGUGUAUACAAGUGUACGUAUUCGUAAUCUAUACUGCUUUACUCUAUUUUAGUGUCUGGACAUUAGGCAUAACACAUAUUAGUGCGCAGAAAGUCAUUUGAAAAACAAUCCAACGAAAGCCAAUUAAAAUUCUAGUGUUGAACCGAGCGAUGUAGUUGAAUUACAUAUGUACAUCCACACAUAUGUAUGAUUGCAAUGAAAAUAAUCGAAAGUUGCACCAAUUUGUAUAAGGAAAAUGAUCAAAAGUUGGGAAUAAUAAAAUGGCUUUUGCAAAUGAUGGUUCCGAUUAUUAUUGCCAACCCGAGAAGCUACCCCUUCGGAAAUAUACUGUGCAGUUAGAGAACUGCACGUUCAUAUAAACAGAGUGAAUUGCUGAAGGGUAAAAAGCUACUCGCCAUGUCGUUAAGGUCUUCGAUUGAAAAAACACCCACAACGGCUGCAGUUCAACAUCAACAAAAACAACAACAACAACAACAAGAGCACACCACCACAACCGUCGCAAUUGUAGCAGGUCAACAAAAGCGGAAGUCGCUCAAUUCCAAGCGUUCGUACUCCCUAUCGUCGAGUGGCUCAUCUACAGCAUCCUUCGGAGCCACAAGGUCCGCGACGUCACCAUUGGUAACCGUAACCGAGAAGAGUCCUGCGAAUCAAAAUACCAAUACAACUACCCAGGCCCAAGGCUUCUUGCCCUUCUCCUCGUUUUCGUACUGCACCGACACCAUUGCAGCAGUGCAUCACCAGCGCCAGUCCUACGCCCUGGUGCAGAAGCCCCCAUCGUUGCGAUACCAAGGGAAGCCACAUCCACAUCAGCACCAGCACCAGCUCCUGGCCAACUUCUCGCCCACAAUGACAUCCUCGGAACCGUCGUCGCCCCUGGCCGCCGAUGGAUCUGCCUCGGUCCUCGGCCCCUCCUCAGAGGUCCCCUCUUCGCAUUGUUGCGCCAAUGUCAAGGCCAGUAUCACUCCGUUGGCAACACAGAAAAUGCACCGAACAAUACCAUCUGAUAAAAUUAACCUACGCCUAAUACUUGUUAGUGGUAAAACAAAAGAAUUUAUUUUUAGCCCGUCAGAUUCCGCAGGUGAUAUUGCACAAACAGUAUUUGAUAAUUGGCCAGAAGAUUGGACUCACGAAACUGUAGCGAAAGCCGAAAUCUUGCGUUUGAUUUAUCAAGGUCGUUUUCUUCAUUGCAAUGUAACCUUAGGAGCACUGGGACUUCCAUUAGGCAAAACGACUGUUAUGCAUUUAGUGCCACGUGAUAAUUUGCCAGAGCCCAAUUCGCAAGAUCAAAGACAAAAUAGUAAAGGCGGUUCUGGACGAUGCUGUUCAACAAAUUGCUCUAUUUUGUAACUAAAUUAUUAUGUAAUAGUAUAAUAUUUAAAUUAAUUUGAAUUAUAAAAAAUAAAAAAUACAUGUAUAAAUUACAUUUUUGUGCAGUCAAAAAAAGUAUAUUUAUUAAAAUAUAAAAAUGUAUGUCUGGAAGAACAAGGCGCUUUGUUUAAAAUAUUUAUGUACAUACAAUAUAUAUUUUAUAUAUAUACACACAGGAAUUCACGAGCAUGUGCAAAAUGCGUAUACUCUGUAUUAAAGUUGCUAGACUGCAUAUUUAUAACAUGUAAUAUACGAAUACAAUGCUAAUUGCUUUUAGAAAUCGGACUUGUUAACCUAAUUAGAAAAAGAGUAAUUACAAAACUUAUUUAAAAUAUGUCAAAAAUAUUAAAAAAAUCCAAGUAUGUGAAAAAAAAAUAAUUUCCCUAUUGCGUUCUGCUUUUAAGUGUGCGUCUAUAAAAAAUAAAAUCAGCAAUUACUUGUCGGAUCGAUUCUUUAAAACGAUAAAGAAUAUUGAAGAAAUUUUUGUUCUGUAUAUAAACAUAUUUAAUUAGAAUUUAAGUGUUUUCUUCUGUUAAGUUUUAAAAUAUUAUCUGUAAAGUCUAACUUAAAGUCAAUGAUAAAUAAAUAAUCUAAUAUAUCCUUAA